AAAACGUGUGUUGUGCACUGUCGUGAGCUUCUUUCUUUUCCCAUUGCUAGCUUGGUUCCGUGCCACAUACCAUUCUCUUACAAUGAACCCUUCAAUUGCCAACAUAGCUGGAUACAAACAAACGACUAUACAUAUGUAUAUGUACAUAAAUACCUGUUACUUGCCUUCAUUUACAAGAGUUUACAUUCUAAAGCAUUACUUUUACAUUUUUUCUCACAGUUACUGUAUUUUCUUCUUAUUCUCCUUUACCUGCAUAGAUAUGGCUUCAUGCACGACUCCCGCCUGCCUGAUACCCGCGACUCACAGGAGCUGCAGCGAACCAAAAUUGAAUUGGAGCGCGACAAGAAAUGGGUGAAAAUGCUUGCCAAUUGGAAUCCCAAUAACGAGAAGGUGCGACGACGUGUCUUCAAAGGUAUACCGGAUCGUAUGCGUUGGCCAGCAUGGAAAAAGUUGCUGAAUGUUGACGAAUUAAUAGCGGCCAAUCGUGAUACAUAUGCGUCUAUGUUAGCAUUGGCGCGCAAAUACUCCACCGAGGUGCGACAAAUCGAUUCUGAUGUGAAUCGCCAAUUUCGUGAUAAUCUCGCUUACCGCCAGCGGUAUAGCGUUAAGCAGUGCUCUCUAUUUAAUGUGCUAAAUGCGUAUAGCAUAUAUAAUCCAGAAUUGGGUUAUUGCCAAGGUAUGGCUUGCUUGGCUGGUGUGCUCUUACUCUAUAUGCAAGAGGAGGAGGCAUUUUGGGCACUCAAUCAAUUGAUCUUUGAUCGGAAGUAUGCUAUGCAUGGUUUAUUUAUUGAGGGCUUCCCAAAAUUGACGCGCUUCCUAGAACAUCACGAUCGGAUAUUAUCGAAGUUGAUGCGCAAGCUGCAUCAGCAUUUUAUGAAGCACAAUGUCGAUGCCAUUUUGUAUUCGAUCAAGUGGUUCUUUGUGAUCUUUGUGGAGCGGAUACCAUUUAGUUUAGCUUUACGCGUUUGGGACAUCUACCUGUUGGAGGGUGAGCGUGUCGUCACCGCCAUGGCCGUUACUAUACUCUAUUUGCACAAGCACGAUUUAUUGCGUCUCAACGAUAUGGAUUCAAUUAUUGAAUACUUACAAGUGAAAUUGCAUAAAAAUUUCGGCUACAACGAUGACUACGUAAUCGAAGCACUCGAACGUAUGUUGAAGAAAUUAAAGGAGUUAAAAUUGGAUAUAGCGCCACCGCCAAAGGCCAACGAAUUUCCCGCCCGACCAUUGGGACAAUUUGUGGAGGCUGAUGUUGAGAAGAAGAUCGGCCGGCGACGUUCUGAAUAUACCGAUACGGAAAAGCAAGUUAUAACUGAUGUGAUAUUGAGAUCUGAGCAAAAUGCAGUAGAAGUACAAUCAACCAUGUCGUACGAGACCUCUGAAUGUGCUACCGGUAAGUUUCAUGCUAAGUUUUUCUAAAAAUUGUAUAUCUAUCUUUUAUCUGCAUUAUGCGC